GCAAAAAUUUCCUGAUUAUAUGAUACAAUAUUUGAAAAAUUAUUCUAAAAGUCAGAAAAUGUUCAAAUAUAUGAAUUCAGAAAAUAGUCAAAGUGAAAAAAUAGAUUCUAUUAAUAUUGAUAGUAAUAAUUUAGUUAAUGAAUUUGAUGAAGAAUUUUUAGAUUAUGAAAGAUCAAACUCAGUAGCAGAAUCAUCAAAUAAACGAAGAAAAAUAAAUUAA